UACACUUGUUACUAAUUUUAUCAUUUGGCAGUAGUAUAAACAUAUGAUAAAUACACAUAUAAAUAAUCGAUAAAACAUAAUACGGUUAGUUUGAUAUGUCGGAACAAAGUGUAAAUGUCGAUUUAGCGAAAGAAAGAUUGAAUGCAACGUUUGAUGUGGAAAACUUAACAAAUUUGAUCUAUGGUGGACCUGAAAAGGUCGAACGCAGAAGACAAAUACAUAAAGUUGCAAGUGAAGAUCCGUUUUACAAGAAACUGAAGCCAUGGUCUUACUGUAGCGUUGAAGAACAAUAUGAAAACGGUUUAGCCAAACAUAACCACAUAAAAGAGAGUAUAGACAAGUUAGAACUCAAUGGCUUUGACGAUCUGUAUUAUUAUAAAUCGUGCGUGACACCACACGAACCCGGGCCACUAGACGUACAUUAUGGAAUGUUUAUUCCAACCAUAGAACAACAAGGCACGGCGGAACAAAAGGAAAAAUGGCUAGCACCAGCAUACGAAGAAGAAAUCAAAGGGACAUAUGCUCAAACAGAAAUGGGGCAUGGUACAUUUCUCCGGGGAUUGGAAACAACAGCAACAUAUGACCCAAAGACAAAAGAGUUCAUACUGAAUAGUCCAACACUAACAUCUAUAAAAUAUUGGCCAGCGGCUUUAGGAAAAACUACCAACCAUUGUGUCGUAGUUGCUCAGUUGUUUACUCAAGGAACAUGUCAUGGUAUUCAUACUUUUAUGCUGCAAACAAGGAGUUUAGAAGACCAUUCUGUUCUACCAGGAAUAGAAGUUGGUGUCAUCGGUAACAAAUUUGGAUUCGGAACAAAUGACAACGGAUAUCUUAAACUAACAAACGUCAGGAUCCCAAAAGAUAACAUGCUAAUGAGAUAUUCAAAGGUUUUAGAAGAUGGUACCUACAUAAAACCCAAAAAUAGUAAAGUAUCAUAUGGUGUGAUGGUAUACGUCAGAUCAAUGAUUGUCAAGCAGGCAUUUAAUGCUUUAGCAGAGGCAUGCGUUAUAUCUAUACGAUAUAGUGCCGUUCGUCGUCAGUCUGAAACAGUCCCAGGUGGUAUUGAACCUCAGAUAUUAGACUACCAGACACAACAGUAUCGGUUAUUCCCUUUAUUAGCCACAGCUUACGCUUUGUACUUUGCUGGAAAUUACAUGUCUACUGCAUACUCAGAAGGUAGUCAGAAAAUAGAAAAAGGACAACUGGAGGAAUUGCCACAACUUCAUGCAUUGUCAGCAGGAUUAAAAGCAUUCACUUCCUAUGCUGCAUCUUCUGGUGUAGAGGUGUGCCGAAUAUGUUGUGGUGGCCAUGGAUACUCGCAUGCAAGUGGACUUCCAAAAAUAUAUGUUAGUGUAGUACCAGCAUGUACAUAUGAAGGUGAAAACACAGUUAUGAUGUUGCAAGUUGCAAGGUAUUUAAUGAAGUGUUACAAAGAUAAACAGCAGGGGUCACAACUUCCAGGAUUUGUCAGUUACAUUGCAGAGCUACUAGAGAAGAGAUCCUGCAUGGAUAAAAAUUUAUCAUUCAACUGUUUGGUCAAAGCUUAUAAACAUAGAGCUGCAAGGUUAAUAGAAGCAGCAGCCAAACAGAUGCAAUCAUUGAUACAGUCUGGUAGCCCUGCACAUGAAGCAUGGAAUAAGAGUUCCGUUCAGCUGUUAUGGGCAGCUAAUGCUCAUUGUCAUUUGUUUUGCGUUAAGAAUUUUGUGGAAAAUAUUGAAAGCAGUAGUGGCGAUAGCAGAACAAAUGAGGUUUUGAAAGCAGUUUGUCAGUUAUAUAGCAUUCAUGGAAUUUUAGAGAAUUUGGGAGAAUUUAUACAUGAUGGAUUUUUAUCUGGACAGCAAGUAGAUUAUUUACAAAAGGCGAUGUUCAAAUUAUUUGAAGUAAUACGACCAAAUGCAGUGGCACUUGUAGAUGCCUUUGACAUCCCAGACCAAGUACUUCAGAGUUGUUUAGGACGAUAUGAUGGCCAAGUUUACCAAGCGUUAUAUGACUAUGCAAGGAUGGCUCCAAUGAACCAAACAGAGAUUCACAGUACUUAUUAUACACACCUUAGACCACUGAUGAACCCGCAGGCAUCAACUUAUUCAAAACUAUGAUUAUAACAUUUGUUAAAGUGGAUGCUAACAAUUUUUGUUUUUUCUAGAUUAUUUGUUACUUGUAUUCCAUUACUUUAUUAAUCGUUUUGUUCCUACAUGUAAUCAAUUAAUCAAUUCACGUAGUUCAAGAGAUAUUAAAAGAAAUGAUUUUAUUGUUUGCAUGAUUUUUGAUUAAAAAAUCUGUGUUGAAA